AACACAUGUAGAAGAAGGCUGUCGGAAGUCGGAACAAAAGAAGACGAGUGCUUGUUGGGCAACGUAUUGAUUCGGACAGCCUUGGCUAACCAUGGGUGGCAUUGUCGUAAUGAUAAUUAAUAGCUACUAUAUGUUUUCGCUGGGAGCAACAGCAGAACUCCAUUGUUAUAGUCUGGUUCGUACUAGUUCAACCUUUGAUUCUCAGUGUUCCAACGUCACCAGGCAAUGUGGACGGUAUUUGAAAGGCCAGAUCCAUUUGCUCCAACUCCAGAGUGGAAAGCAUGGGCUGUGGAGAUAUGUUUACAGGCUCUCGUUCUAAUUUUGAGAUGUCUCAAAGAGAUUGCUACUUGGAUGAUCGGAGUUUUUGGUCUGUCUAUUGGGGCGACUAUUGCGACUAUUGCGACUAUUGGGGUUAGCAAAGUGGAAAGGGGUAUUCAUACUAUCAUGUGUUGCAGUGUCAUUUGAUUGUUUGUUCCUUUACAUUCCAAUCAUCGAUCAGGAAAACAAGUGCCUUGACACGGACAAGACGUUGAGGAAUGUAGCACUUGUCCUCAGAUCACUUACAGAUAUCGCUUUCAUACUCCAUAUUCUAUUUCUGAUCGAUGAUGACAUGGACCAGGGCCCCAAAUGGGAUGACCACGCGUCAGCGUGACGUUUGCCAAGAAAACUAGAGCUUGUGCGAGAGGCAAUAGCUAAGAAGAUGCCGUGGUUAUCUAUCCACAUCGUAGUCAACUUUUUAGCUAUUCUUCCCAUCCCACAGGUGGCAAUAGUAGUUGGCUCUUUCAGAUUGGGAGGCUCUAAACAUUUUCUCAAACAAACAAUUAUAAACGUCUUUCUUGUCUUCCAAUAUUUCCUGAGGAUUUUCCAAAUGUUCUUAUCCAUUAAGAAGGUCGGUGACACGGUUGGAAAAUUGGUCAAAGGUUCAUUCUACUUUCUCAUGUACAUCAUUGCUAGCUAUGUCUUUGCAGCCUUUUGGUAUUUCUUUUCUAUUCAACGAGAAACAUCCUGUUGGGACCAAGCAUGUCGAACGAUUGCAGGAUGCAUGCCUAUCUAUGAUUGCGGUCACAGUACUUCAUUAAAUAGCACAUUCCUAAACAAAUUAUGCCCUAUAGAAUCUCCAAAUGCAACGCCCUUUGAUUUUGGAAUGUUUCGUGAUAUUCUUAAAUCUGGUAUUACGGGAUCUACAAAUUUUUCCACAAAAUUCUUUUACUCUUUCUGGUGGGGCCUCAAAAAUUUAAGUAAUUUUGGCACAAAUCUGGAAACAAGUAGCUACAUAUGGGAAAAUUGCUUUGCAAUUCUUAUUUGUGUUAUCGGCUUGCUACUAUUUUUAUUUCUCAUUGGAAAUGUACAGACAUAUAUACAAUCAGAAUCUGAAAAGUUUGUGAAGAUUAGAGAGUCAAGACGAACAAGAAUUAAUACCAAGUAUAGAGAUAUAGAAAAGUGGAUGUCAAGUCAUGGUAUUCCUGAUUUUGCUGCCAGGAACAAUAUUGAAGAAGAAGAUCUAGUAAAACACAUUGAUAAAGAUGUGGAUGCUUAUUUCAUGUUCUAUUGUACUCGCGGAUUUGACGUCAAAUCAAAUCCACUUGGUUUAGUUUGCGUACAAGCAUUGAAGAAAAUACCCAUUCUUCGAAAAUUGGAUGAACAAGACUUCGAAGUGAUUUUUAGUGUGAUAGCUGACGGCUAUGGUCCACUUACCAUCAGAGAGAAAGACAGCUACAUUACUGAAGCCGGACAAGAACUUGAUAGUAUGUACUUGAUUAUAGAUGGCGUAAUUGAAUGCAAGGUUGCUGAAACAAUGAACACCCAAACUAUGCGUCGCCAUGAUUGUUGUGGAGAAGAAGUUCUGCGUUGGGCAAUAUUGAACUAUGAGAAAGAGUACGGGCAUCGCGAUCCCCUUCCUAUUUCAACAGUAGAUGUCAAAUGUCAAACGAAAACAGAAGCUUUUCAGUUCAGUCAUUAUGACUUGAUCGAAAUUCUCAAGUUAAACAAUUCAGAGCAGUUGGAGGCGUUGGCCCACGAUAGCAGCACCCAACAACGGAUCGAGGAGUGGUUGAGAUAUGGGUUCCCUGAGGAUCUGAAGGAAAACAUCAUGAAUUUCCUAGACAAAAACAACCGGCUAGUGGAAGAGAACAGGGAUGCUGAUGCUGAUGCUGAUGUUGAUGUGGAUUUUCUAUUCGGCAUUCUUCCAAAUAAUAUCAAAUCAUCCAUAAAGCGCCAUCUCGGCAUGAAUGCCCUGAAGAAAGUACCCAUGCUUCAAAAAAUGCAUGAAUACGUGUUGGAAAUCAUCUGCAACCAUCUCCAGCCAGUGGUGUACGAGAUGAAUACGUACGUUGUUAGAGCGGGAGAACCACUUGGUUUUAUGAUCUUCAUUCUACGAGGCAAAAUUAUAAUGACUGACGGGACUAGCAGCAAUGCCACAACAACACGUUCCUCAGAGAUCAGCGAAUCGUGUGAUGACAAGAUCCUUCAGGGAGGUUAUUUUUAUGGAGAACAACUUCUGAGUUGGGCAUCACCUAACAACAUUUCUUCAUAUGACAAUCCCGUCAUCUCAACCAGAGAUGUCAAAUGUCAAACAAAAGUGGAAGCCUUGAUUCUCAAGGCAGAAGACUUGAGAAGUGCAGUCUCCAGAUGCGGAUCACAGUGGAAUUUCAACGAUAGUAUGAAUUCUCAGCACUUAGUCGGGUAUGGAAAAGAUACGGUGGCUGAUACAGGUGCAUCUGCAUCAACGUCCCCUAAUAAUGAGCAGACUAUCCAGCUUCAUCAGGGCCAUGACAUGCUUCUUGAGCAGCUGAUUCUAAUUCGAGAGACUGUCUUCCAGCUUCGCAAUGAUAUGUCUACUCAGGGACGGAGAUUAGAUGAUCAGGGACGAAGAUUAGAUGAGAUGGCUACAUUUUUAGCCAAAUUGGGAUAUACAGGAGCAUCUUCUCCUCCUCCAGCGCCUUGAAGGGUUUGAGCAUUUCUAUGUUCAUUUCUACGACUCGAUCAUACUAUUUGUACACUUGACGUGACAUCUUUUUGUGAAUUGAAUAUUGUUUUGAUAACAAAUGCUUCUAUUAAAUUGAAUUUAAAACAGAUCACAAGGCCAGGCCAGAGAAAC